AUGGUAAGUAUUUGAUUAUCUUAUUGGAAAUUUAGUUGUUUUUUCUUAUAACUUAUUUUUACUUCUUUUAUGUUGUUCUUACUUUUUUACAAUUGUAAAAUUGAACCCCUUAUUAGUACAAUUGAAUAAGAAAAUGUAGUGUGUUUUUGUAUAUUUUAUAUUUUUUAGGCCGCUGUAGCACAAAAACCCGAAAAGUCGGUGGAGAGCCAAGCCAACCACCGCAUCCGCAUUACUCUCACUUCCCAAAACGUCAAGGCUUUGGAGAAGGGUAAGUUAUAAAUUUUGUUUAUAUAUCUUGAUUUUUAGUGUGCGAGCAACUGAUCUCUCGCGCCAAGAACGAGGAUCUCCAGGUUAAGGGUCCAGUUCGUCUCCCAACCAAAGUUCUCCGUAUCACCACCAGAAAGACCCCUUGCGGUGAAGGUUCCAAGACUUGGGAUCGUUUCCAAGUAAGUUUUUAAAUUCUAAAAGCUAUAUUUUGAAGUUUUUGGUAUUUUCUGCUAAUUUAUAUUAUUUAAAAUUUAGUUUAUGCAAGGUAGAUACUGAAAAGUUUCUUUUUACAUUGCUAUUUGACUGUACUGUUUGUAGUUUUAUUUUGGGAGAUUACUUAUUUAGUUUUACCGAUUAUAUUUAGUUUUGUGAAGUUAUUGAUGUUUUAUGUUUAGAUGCGUAUCCACAAACGCCUUAUCAACUUGCUCAGUCCCAGCGAGGUCCUCUCCAAGAUUACCUCUAUCUCAAUCGAGCCUGGAGUAGAUGUUGAAGUCACCAUCGCCGAUAACUAA